AGCGCCUUGCAGAGCGCCGAACACUCAGAGCGCCGCAGCAGCCUGGCCUCUUCCUGCCUGCCACCCCACCGCCCGGAACCGGCAAGGAGGAGGAGAAAGGGGCGCCUGGGAAGGAGUCGGGAGGGCCCUUGCUGCAUGAUCCAUGGGCACCCGGCUCCUUCCAAGCGCAGUGAACGCCGCGCCUCGCUUUGAGCAAGAGGCAUGAAAGGGACGCGGCGGCGAGGGUGAUGGCUGCGCGGGCGGCGGCUGCGUCAUGUCUCCCGGCGGCCGUGGGGGCUCUCGGUGCUGCCUUGCCCGGGCCCCGCAUUCCCCGGAGGCCGGCCUCAUGCGGUGGGUGGAAGGCGCGCGGGUGGCCUGCCUAAGGCCGGGCGGGAUCCCUCAGCCCUCCUCAUCCUCAUGCGUUUAUUUCGCGAAACACGCCCCCCCCCAAAUAAAGCAGCAGGAACCUCGGAGCGGUUGGCAGGGGGUGGGGUGGGAUUAAAAAAACCACGACAAAGGCAUCACCGGGCGGAGCGCCGAGCCAGCGGCCUGGCCUCUUCCUGGCCAUGCCGAGGAGGCCUGCCGCCCCACUGCCCGGAACCAUAGGUACCAUAAAAACAUAAUAAAACUAAGACAUCCCCUGAAAAUAAGACACCAUGUGGUUUUUUGAGGGGAAAAAGUUAUAAGACGGUGUCUUAAAAAGGGGGAAACACGGUACCUGCAGAAAAUUUCCCUGGCACACACAGGCCACCUCCCCAGGAUAUAUGCCAUCCUUUAAAAUUCCCUCAUUAUUAAAGUUUGGUUGCACUAGAGAUCAUUUCAUUUCAUUCUUUAUUUCAUCCAUUAUGCUGAGAAAUGGAAAGAAUCAUUUGUAUUAUAUGUGUACUUGUUCAAGGAGGGGGUGUUGGGGGGGAACAGGUUUGCAAUGGAAACCCAGAAGGUUAGUGAAACGUUUUAGUAUCAUAAUACCUUUAUCAACUGAAUAUCACCAAGCAAUGAGCUAUCUUCACAUAAAUCUUCCUUGGUUUGGAGUUCAGUAGAGGAGAGGGAGGGAAGAAGAGAGAAAGAUAUUCCUAAUAAGAAACAUGGCAUAAGCCUCUUCUGUAAUGUAUGUAUUUGCAAUGUGACUUUCUUAAGAAAACUCAGGAAGCUGCUUGAAGACGGUUAGCUUGUGCAGUGCAGAAUAUCUGAGUUACAUAUCUAUAUUUUGUCCUAUACCAGCAACAUAAUUUUUCUCUGCUCACUCUGCUCUACAUAAGUCAUAAGGUCUCCUUUCUUUAACAUCUAGUCUAUUAUUCAAGUUUGCUUUUAAUUUCAGAAGUCUUUCUAAGUGUUUUUUAAACAUUCUCUCUCCCCCCCCCCCCGCCCCCGGCCCCUGGUUAUAAGCAUAGGUCAGGAUUCAAAGAACUGUGAAAAUAGCUUCAUGUGCCCAGAAUGGUUUUGGAUUUGUUUCCCAGACAGCAGCUGCGUCUCCCCCUUAAAGCCUAAUGGUAAACCACAUUUGAAACUGGGAGAAUUAAAAGGGAGCUUUCUGCUCAAAAUGGGGAGGGAAACUUAAGAGUCCCACUAGGUUAGCACAACCUCUAGAAUAGCUGUUUGGAUGUCUGGCUUAAUAAUAAAAAGUCUAGGCAUUGUAAGUGAGAGUGAAACACAGUUUUAAAGACUACCAAUACUGGAUGCAAUACUUGCGUCAUUUAUUCCCCCACCCCCACCCCGGACUUGUGUAAUGUUUGGCAGAAUAUUCAUAUUCUCAAAAGUUUAAAAACACAAGCUUCAUGUUACAACGUCCACAGUCUAGAUUUCAAAAGACUUCUUUGCGCAUUUUAGUGGAUACUCUGCCCAAAAGAAAAAAAAAACUCUGUUCAAAUGGGAGAUAAGGGUUUAACCACCUUAACAGGAAAAGUAGGUCAAUAGGACACUAGGCUAUUAGGCCAGAAAGACACAAGCAGGUUCUCUGAGUCAUGCUUCACUUUGCUUUUCCUCCCCACUCCUUCUUCUGGCAGAUUGCUUUUCUUUGUACAGUAUUUAGUUCCUGCCCUUUUUAGUUACUUUUAAAAACAAGUAAUCAUUAUUGUUUGUGUAGCUCUGCUGGCAAGAGGAUAUAUUAAUCUUCUAAAAGAAAGUUUCAUGUUCUCUCAGUAUGAUUUGCUUCUUGGAAAUGGUCUAAAAAUACCAGUUAGGAGGUGGGAGUUCUACAACUGAAGAAGCUUUUCCAGGACUCCUUGCAGCUGAUAGGGGAAGAGAAUGAAAUGGCCAGAACGAGGGCAGUAUUUUCUGCUUGGAAAUAGACAGUGAGUGGGAUGGAGGAGGAGAAUUGAAUGUAGAGAUAUUUUCCCCAGUUCCCAAGAUCUGGGAUUUUCUUUUGCAUCCUGCCCAUUCUGGAGAACCAAUGUGUUAACGUAAUGUUGGAGUUUAGAAUAGAAGAUGCAUGUGGCAUGUCUACAUUCUUUUGGGCAACAAGAACAAAAUAAGCCUGUGCUAGCUGGCCUGUGCUGUGCAGAUACCAAUAUUGCGGUUGUGGUCGUUGACAGUGUGAAGUUAACAAAUGUUAGUUAAGCACUGUGCCAAUUGCAUGAGUACACCAGCAGGCACCCAAUAGUUUAUUUAUUUAUUUUUAAAUUUAUAAACUGCAAUUUCAUAGAAAAUAUAAGGCAGCAUACAAAAUAAAAACAAUGCUACAGUUACAACAGUUAAAUCAUGGAUAGCAUAUCAGUAAGAACUGACUGGUAAGGAAAAUCACAUUGCAAUUAUUUAUUUGAACACUUUGAAAUUUAUUUAUUUAAAUAUUAUUAAACUGCACUUUCAUAGAAAGUAUAACAUAUAUAAUAUUAAUGAUACACUACAGUAUUAAACUGCAUGCUGAAUUUGUGCUGCUGUAGACAUAGUCUAACAUGUGCAAAUGUUCCACCACUGUAGGUUUUGAUCAUUUUUGUAGGGAAUUUCUUGGCAGAGAUCUGUGCUUUGUAAAUAGAUGUAGCAAUAUAAAACUCUCCAGCAGUUGGAGGCAGUUUUGGUAUGAAGAAACAAAGAUCGGUUUGCGACCGCCGUGGACCCGGAAGUGUUCACAUCCGGGUUCCGCGGCGCGAUGUGCGCAGCGCUCUAUCGGUGCUUUGCACACGCGCAGAAGAGCUGCUCUGUUUACGGCGUACUCGGGGAGCGACCGGCUCCCCAGAACGAAUCGUGGUCGUAAACCGAUGUAUGACUGUAUAAGUAAAAUAAUAGAAACAAUUAUGAUACAACACCUCCAGAGCUAUGGGUGGAAUCCAAAGGUUGUAAGAUUGGAUAUGUGCUUGCACAACUAAUCAUUAAAUUUACAUUGUCCCUGCUGUGUCUCUGAAUAGCUUCGCUGGGUGGGGAGGGGAAAUUGCCCAAGACUUGCUCAGCAUAUUCGGAAUUAAGGAAGCAAUACUUUACGUGGUUGUCUGGGAGUAAAUCCCUUUGAAUUCAAUAGGGUUUGCUUCAGAAUAGACAUAUAGAAUUACUUUGUAACGCACAUAGAAUCAUAAAACUGUAUAUGGCUAGUAAUGGAAUUCAUGUAUUUUAACAGCUCUGGUCACAGAAGAUUAAAGUGUAGCUGCUCAAUGACUUUUCUCUUAUCACAGAUGAAUUUCUGUUUUCUUACACCAUGCUAUUAUAGUGUGUGUGUGUGUUUGUGUGUUACUGUUCCUGUACUUAAAAUAAAAAGUGGCUACAUAUUACAUGAAAAAAAAUAAUUAGGUGCAGAAUUCUAAUACUGUUAUCUUUCUUUUUCUCUUUAACAGUACUGAAUUAAGAUAUUAAUGAUCUUCUGCGGAGAAUACAUUUUGAAGGCUCUUGCCAAGUUGCUCCUUCUGGAACCUUUCAUUUUAGAACAUUGCCAUUUAUCAUCCAGAAAAGUAUAAACGUGCAGACGUACAAAUGUCUACCACAAGACUAAAGUGUGAUAUGUUAUGUUCUUUACCAUAAGCACCCAUAAAAUGAGCUCCAUUGCAGACAGAGAUGAUGGUAGCAUUUUUGAUGGUCUCGUGGAAGAAGAUGACAAGGAUAAAGCGAAGAGGGUGUCAAGAAACAAGUCUGAAAAGAAACGCAGAGAUCAGUUUAAUGUACUCAUCAAAGAACUGGGAUCCAUGCUUCCAGGCAAUGCUCGGAAAAUGGACAAAUCUACUGUACUGCAGAAGAGCAUUGAUUUCUUACAGAAGCACAAAGAGAUCACUGCCCAAUCAGAUGCCAGUGAAAUCCGACAGGACUGGAAACCCACAUUCCUUAGUAAUGAAGAAUUCACUCAGUUAAUGUUAGAGGCUCUUGAUGGUUUUUUCGUAGCAAUCAUGACAGAUGGAAGUAUAAUAUAUGUAUCAGAAAGUGUAACCCCCUUACUUGAACACUUGCCAUCUGACCUUGUGGAUCAGAGUAUAUUUAAUUUUGUCCCAGAGGGGGAGCAUUCAGAGGUUUAUAAAAUACUGUCUACUCAUCUGUUGGAAAGUGAUUCGUUGACCCCAGAAUAUUUAAAAUCAAAAAACCAACUGGAAUUCUGUUGCCAUAUGCUCCGAGGGACAAUAGACCCCAAAGAGCCACCUACAUAUGAAUAUGUAAAAUUUAUAGGAAACUUCAAGUCAUUGAGUAACAUGUCUAACUCUGCACAUAAUGGUUAUGAAGGAACCAUUCAGCGAUCACGUAGGCCUUCCUAUGAAGACAGAGUUUGUUUUGUAGCUACAGUCAGGUUAGCUACACCUCAGUUUAUCAAGGAAAUGAGCACUGUUGAAGAACCCAAUGAAGAGUUCACCUCUAGACAUAGCUUAGAAUGGAAGUUCCUUUUCUUGGAUCACAGGGCACCACCAAUAAUAGGUUAUUUACCAUUUGAAGUGUUGGGGACAUCAGGCUAUGAUUAUUAUCAUGUCGAUGACCUAGAAAACCUGGCAAAAUGUCAUGAACACUUAAUGCAAUAUGGAAAAGGGAAAUCCUGCUAUUACAGAUUCCUCACAAAGGGUCAACAGUGGAUUUGGUUGCAGACUCAUUACUAUAUCACUUACCAUCAGUGGAAUUCUAGACCAGAGUUCAUCGUAUGUACACACACGGUAGUAAGUUAUGCAGAGGUUCGAGCAGAAAGGCGGCGUGAACUUGGUAUUGAAGAGUCUCUACCAGAAAUAGCAGCAGACAAAAGUCAAGACUCUGGUUCUGAGAAUCAUUUAAGCACAGAUAGCCUCAAAGAAGCUUUGGAGAGAUUUGAUCACAGCCCUACACCUUCUUCUGCCUCCAGGAGUUCAAGGAAAUCUUCUCACACUGCAGUUUCAGACCCUUCUUCAACGCCAACUAAGAUGACAAUGGAUACUAGCACUUCUCCAGGGCAAAAUUUAUCCACUCUUGAAAAGUCUGCACAAAGGAGGGCAUCGCUUGGUAAUCAGUCUUUAAAUUCACAAUCUAUUGGACAACCUUUAGCGCAGCCAAUGAUGUCCCAGCCUGCAUCUUUACAGAUUCAGCAAGGCAUGUCUCAGCCUAUGCUUCAGUUUUCUGCUCAGUUAGGAGCCAUGCAGCAUUUGAAGGACCAAUUGGAGCAAAGAACACGAAUGAUAGAAGCAAACAUUCAUCGACAACAAGAAGAACUGCGUAAGAUUCAGGAACAACUCCAAAUGGUCCAUGGGCAAGGACUUCAGAUGUUCUUGCAGCAGUCAACUCCUGGAUUAAACUUUGGUUCUGUUCAGCUGACUCCUGGAAACCCAUCAAAUAUUCAGCAGAUUUCACCAAUAAAUAUGCAAGGUCAAGUUGUUCAUACUAAUCAAAUCCAGGGUGGCAUGAACACUGGGCAUAUUGGUGCUCAACACAUGAUACAGCAACAGCCUUUGCAAAGUACUACCCAACAGCAUAAUCAACAAAAUGUUCUCAGCGGGCACAGUCAACAGACUUCUCUUGCUACGCCAUCUCAGAGCACACUAUCAGCCCCCUUGUAUAACACUAUGGUGAUUUCCCAGCCGGCUACAGGGAACAUGGUCCAAAUUCCUUCUAAUUUGCCACCAAGUAAUAACCAGAAUGCUGCUAUUACCACAUUUACCCAAGAUAGACAAAUCAGAUUUCCGCAGGGACAGCAGCUUGUAACAAAGCUAGUCACAGCCCCUGUAGCUUGCGGAGCAGUUAUGGUACCAAGUACUAUGUUUAUGGGACAGGUGGUGACUGCUUAUCCCACUUUUGCUGCACAGCAGCAGCAGCCACAGACGUUAUCAAUAACACAGCAGCAGCAGAGCCAGCAGGAUCAGCAGCAGCAACAACAACAGCAGCAGCAGCAACAACAACAGCAACAGCAGCAACAACAACAGCAGCAGCAACAACAACAGCAACAGCAGCAGCAACAUCAACAGCAGCAGCAGCUCACUGCAGUUCAGCAACCCGCUCAAACUCCGCUGACCCAGCACCCACAACAGUUCUUGCAGACCUCCAGAUUGCUUCAUGGAAAUCAGUCAACUCAGCUUAUUCUCUCUGCUGCUUUCCCACUACAACAAAGCACUUUUACCCAGUCACACCACCAGCAGCAUCAGUUGCAGCCGCAUCAGUCACAGCAGCAUCAGUCGCAGCAGCAUCAGUCGCAGCAGCAACAGCAGCAGCAGCAAAUUUCACGACACAGAACUGACAGCAUGACAGAGGUUUCCAAAAUUCAGCCGCGGUAGCAUGGAGGCUCUUGCUUCUUGGAGCAAUGCAGAGUAGCUGCUCCCUUAACAGUUGCCCUGGUGUUAGAGAAAGAAGCCGGCAGACUUUGUGAAGUGCAGUAUUGAAUAUUCUUCUAACCGCUUGGAAUGUGUGUGCUAAGGAAAACAGCAAAAUGCUGUUGGAGGUAUAUUUGAUAUAAAUCUGCAAAAAAGAGGAUGGGGAGAGGGACAUGGCUACCUUUGAGAGGAACCCAAUUACUCUGGUUUCUGUGUUGUUUUUCCUUCAAAGGCAUGCACUGCCAUCAGUUAACUUGUCCAGAUCAAGUCUCAAAAUGUUCAGUGGACUAAAUAGGGCACUUAAAUAUCUUGAUGUUUUUUAGCAAUUUUCUCAGAUUAAGUGUUACAAUGGACAUGCUGUCACGACAGCAGUUGGGUUUUGUUUUGUUUUUUUAAUUGUUUGCCUGCAAUUAUGCUCCAAAAGGAAGUAAUUUUUUUCACAUUUUGGGACAGUAAAUAUUUUCAAAAUAUCGCGUGGAAUCAGUCUUCGUUGUACAGAUACUGUAAAAUACUAUGUAUAUGUCUGGAUAAAAGGUGAGAGAGCAGAAUAUUUUAUAUGAUGCAUGAAACUGUUUUGAAUAUGUUUCCCCCCUACAUUUUCACACAAUGCUCAGAUUACUAUUUUCAUCCAUUUAUACUUGUUUGUCUUCUACAUCAUGCUCCAUCAUUUAUUCUCCCCUGUAAUGUGGGCACAAGUCUUCUGUUUGUGCUUUAUGUGUGAUUGUCGGAGUUAGUUCAAUGAGGUAAUAUAGUGUGCUGGUUUGUGGAAGUUUUGCAGUUAAAUUAUUGAUGAAACUCUUUGAACUUGUGGGGGGUUCAAGGCAUUAAGAUUCAUAUAUAUCAUUUGUCAUUUCAUAAAUACUAAAAAAAAAUUCUUUGGGGAAAAAAAUAGGAAUUUGCACUGCUCUAUUGUGGAUGGUUUGGACUUUUACUCCCCCAAAGCUAUCUUUUGAUAUAAUACAUAGUUGGAAAUAUUUAUGUAAAAAAAAUAAGGUUUAAAAAUAUGAAAGUAAUUUUCAAGAAUGUCUCAAAUAUAGGAGUAAUUUGCACAGAAAAAAUAUAUUUGAAUUUAAUAAUUGUAGGCACUUUUUAACCUCUGUGGUGAGGAAUACAACUUCUCAGAAUUUGUUGGAAUCUUUUUAUUCUUCUUUGAACAUUUUGACCUUCAUUUAAUCAGAAAUGAUUCAGGGUCAUUUGAAAAAACAAAAACAAAAAACCCAUAGUGCCUUGAUUUUGAUUCAGGUGAUAGUGUUAAACAUCUCUAAUUAUAUUAUCUUGAAUUUGUGACCAUUUUUGAAGUCUUAGUACAUUGUUAACAAAGCAUCCUUCAUAGCUGUUUCUCCACUGUAUUUGUAUAUAUAGAGAGAGCGUGAGAAUCAUACAAAUUGGGGUGUGAAGUUUUUGGCACACCCUUUCUUAACCAUGGGAUAUACAUCAUGUAAUGACUUACUUUUGAAGUAUUCGUUUACCAAGAAAUUAAGUUCUUUUAAAUGAUAGCAAAACAGAAUUGCAUAGUAAUCAAGUAUAAUCACUUUGUAAAGUGGCUCACAUUCAAAUUUACUGAAAUUUAAUGGGAAAAUAGAUAAAAGAUAAUGAGGGCCGCAGCUUCCAAAAGGGAUAUUGAUGCACUAAGACUUCAGGUGGCAAGUUCACUUAAUAAAGUUAAUAAAAAGAUUCAACUGAAAUUCUGUACAGUUUUAAAAGUAAACACUGAGUAGAUUUUAUGGUACUAGAUUUAAAAUCCACAUCUGCAGAGCAAAAUAUGUUUUAAUACAAAGAUAGAUUGGUUAGUUCAAAGAAGAAGAAUCUGAUUGUGAUGAAGGAAUAUCAGAGUCAAGAAAGAUGGAGUAUUAUAGAGGAGCUUUAUUAAUGUAACCAAAGUAUGGCGAGAUGCUAAGAAUGUAACGCUGGGUUAGCAAAGCCAACACCAUAGUAGCAAAUGAUAGCAGAAUUUUAUCUUUGAGACUAAUUUUUAAAGAGUCGUUUUCAUUGCCAUAGUCUUGCAUGAUCCUCCCGUGACACACCACAACCAGUAGUCUAACAGUAGAACCAUAAUAACAGGAGUCAAAGUUUUAAGAAAUAAAGAACCAAAGAAUUGGACUAGUUUCUGUUCCCUCUUGGCAGCGACUGGAAACCAGUAGGUUACUUGUCUAGGAAAUAUCCUAGCUAUAUUCUUUAAAGGGACUUUAUGGCAUUCCCUAAACUAGUCUCAAAGAAAUGCACAUUGUGGGAAAGUAGUCGCAUUAACUUAAUUGCAGAUAGCUUUUGUCUUGCCAUACCAAUGCUGCUUGUAAUUCCAAAUUAGGCUGUGUUGAUCAAAGGUCCAUGCUUUAAUGGCAUUGUUUUAGUGAAUAGGCAUCCUCUUGGGCUUUAAGCUAUUUACAACAGAAACAACAAUAAUAGCACUGAAUGAGAAAACCAGGAGAGCUUUCAUUGUGCUCACAGAACAGGACAGCAAGUCUUUUGUAUAUGGAGUUACAUACUGGGAAUGCAGAGCAUAAUCACUGGACUUUGUUAUUUGAUAUCAACCUCCUUUUUUGACUGUUCCUUGGGGAAAAAUCCGGUCAUGGUAGACGUGAGGUUUCUGUAAUGAGACUUCCGGGAGGUUGCUGUGAAAGUUAGAUAGCAGAGAAAUGAUGAGAAACUGGAAAAUGAUGGCUGAAGUUUUGAGAAACAGUACUUCACUUCCACACCUUGGGCAGUCUUAACUGAAAGACGCCAGAAACAAAAACCUUGAGGGAAGGAUUUGUAUUGCCCGCGAUGCUUUUUCUCUGGUGUUGCUGGUUACUCAGAAAUGUUCAAUAUCAUUUCCCACUUAAAUACCAGGGAGAUGGCUCAUGCUAAUGCUGCACCUGCAAGGCUGGUCUUAUCCCAGUAGUUGCUGUAGGACUGAGUGCUCUGCCAUCUUGAAUUCAAUGUGGCCAAAUGUCUCUGCUUGGGAAGAAAGGGCGGGCGGGCAUGGGGAUUGGUAAGUGAAUGUUGCACUAAUGAAAUAGUGCUAACACAACCACACCAUAACCAGCACUUAAGUAUGACAAAGUGCUGCUGAAAAAGAGAAAAAUGCAGUUUAGGGUUGCUUACGUUGGGGGAGGGGCGAGGGCAGACGAUUUAAAAAUGGGUCUCUAGAGGGAAUUACAUAAAUAUUUUUAUAUUAUAUUUAAUAUAUAUACACUAUAUUUGUACACAUAUUAAAAGAUUAUAGUCAGAGCUCUCCAUAUGCCUUCCAUUACUUUUACCUAGAAGUUUACUGGCUGGGGCUGGGGCUCCAGUGUAUCACAAAACUUCUGUAGGCUGCUUGCCUGCUGCCAACUGACAACAAAAAUGACCCAACAACGAGAUUAACAAGUACAUAAUUGUUGGUUGUCCUAAUUCAGUUAGAUGCUUAAGGCCAUAUAUGAUCAGUAAGCCCCUGGGGUUCCCAAUAGGAAUGUUGUCACUGGCCGUUGCACUGUUCUGGCCAAGAGAGCAUCCCUGAAGUGUGUAUAUGUUGUUGGACCUUGAAAGACCAGCAAGUCAAAUCUGUUUGUUUCUCUGAAGUGCCAUGCUCUCCAAGGUGGGUCGCUCUUGUUUCAAACUUGAGUAUCCUAUUGAAUUAGGAUAGAAAGAUGUGUGCAGAUGAAAGCACUUUAUUGAGGGGGGUGGGGGGACCUCAUUCAGAAUACAGUUUAUUAUUUUUUGGCAAUGGAACUGUUCUUAAUGGCGGGGAGGCGUCCAAAGGAAUCGGAAUGUAGACUAUUGUCAAAAAGAGGCAUUGCUGGAAAAUGUUUCUCAAUAGCGUGAUCCUUUGAGACUCUGAACACAAGCUUAUGCAGGCGUCUGAUACUGGUUGGUUUUGUGGGAAACGGAUAAAUCUACACACUUACUUUGAAGAGCUGUUUUUUUUAAAAAAUAAUAAUGUUGCACAAUUGUCGGAGAGAUAUCAACAGGAGGCUUGUUAGAGCCUUUAAAAUGAUUCUAAGUGGUCCUUAGGAUUAAAAUGUGUAGAGGGUUUACAGAUGUGGCCUUCAGUAGACUGCUUCAGUCACGAUUAUAGAAUAGUUUGUAUUUUUAGAGAGAACAGGUUUUUUGUGUGUGGGUUUUUGUUUUGUUUUUUACGUUGUGGUGUCAUGUGCUGUCUGCAUGUGUGUCAAACGCAUAAAUUGUCUCCAUUGGAAAUUUCUUGCUGAAACAUUGUAUGCAGUGGGAAGAGCGGCUUGGCAGAAGCAGCUUUGAUUUCAAAGGGAGGAAAAGUUUUUAUUUUUCUUUCCUUUCUCCCCCUUACCAGUAAAAAGUGUUGGAGACAUUUUUUUUAUUGCACCGAAGUAUAUAGAGUUGUCUGAAAAUGAAUGUUGAAUGGCUCAUAAAUAAAUGAGACAAGCACCGAAAUAAGAUUUUUUAAAUUUUAAUUUGGUUGUUUAUGAAACUGGGUAGUUUAUUUGUCAAUAUAUAUUUUUUUAACACUACAUUCCUCUGUCUUUUAAUAAACAAGUACUUUACAGUCAGUGUUGCUAUGCUUCAUGCUUUUUCAUCUGCAUGGGUGUUGCCAGCAGCAUGAUAGGCUAUAUUGCUUAAAGAUAUUGUAUCUACCAGUCACACACACAAGCAAAACAAAACACUGUGUAUGAACAAAAUACUGUGUUGCCUGAUCUACAGAUCCCAGCUCUGACCGAGAGGUGCUGCACUAGUAGACAAUCAAAAUCUAGGGAAGACUUUGGGAGGGGGGAGGGAUGUCCUUAAAGAUACAGUUGCUUUGAAAGUGUUUUUUAUUCUUAAAAGGAGUAUUUAUUUUUAAAAUUGUCUAAUUGGAUACUUUUCAGUGUUGAUUUCACAUUGUCUUGGUUUUGCAUUAAAAAAAUGGCAUUAGAUUUGUAUAUGUAGAACAACCUGUGCAAUUUUCAUGAUCUAACUUCAGGAAAAUGUAGAUAUGGUUCCCUAGUGUUCAUGUGACCAUUACCAAGUGUCAGUUUUUAACUGAAUAAAUAUAACAUUUGAAAUUUCUGCUUCUUGUAGCCUUAAGGUCCUGGUUUGAAUUCAUUUUUGUGUCUUGGCUGCUGUUUUGUUGGUAUUGUUCCAUCUGGCGCUACAGUAGCUCCAAAUAAGGACUGGCAUCAGGAUAGGGUACAAGAGGCAUCAGAUACCGUGGGUUUGGUGAUUCUGUGCCUUCAGUGAAUCUAGUGGUCCUGCCAGCCUGUUUGAACUAAUACAUGGUGGGGAAUCUUUUAGCCGCAAGAUGUUGCAGAACUACAACUCCCAUCAGCAACAGCAAGCACGGCCAAUGACCAAGGAUAGUGGGAGUUGUAGUCAAGCAAUAUUUGGAGGGCCAAAUAUUCGACACCCCUUGGACUAGAGCAGAGCAGCUCCAGUUCAGUCUGCCUAACACUCAAAGGUACUUCUAGGCAGCGUUUUCUAAUUUAAGCCUCUUCCAAUAUAUCCAGAUAUGCUCAUGGAAGUGUUUUAGAAUGCCCACAAUCUUCUGUAGCUACCCCCGAUCUUUAUUUAGGAACGAACAAAAAUAGUUCCUAAAGAUGAAGUUGCUUCUCAAUGUUCUGUGGCAUUUUAAAAAUCAUGUGCAGGGAUUUCAAACAAACUAAAUGAAGUAUGUUUUGAUAAUAUAAGCAAAUGGCUUUCAAACUUCCUUCUUUUGUGGAAUCUUUUCCACAAUCUCACUGGCGUCCUUUUUGCACGUCUCCCGACAACCCCGUCCUCCAAGAGCUUGAACUCCAGAGUUACAUUCUAGGAUUUCAUUAUUUAGUUCACAGACCAGGUUUUAUCUCAUUGACACUCCAUGAAAAGUUAAAAUGCAUGCCUCUGAAUGCAUCAAUCAUGCCACUGUGGCUGUACAUUUCUGGCAAAAAUCAGCAAAACAAAGCAUGCCUCUCUGCCAUCACUCAAAGAAACGGAAUGCCAGGUUAAGACCUCUGAUCUAGUAGCCUCUCAUGUUGAAAACUACGUAGCAACAGUGGCUACAUUGCAAAUUGCAGCUACGUCUUUGUCCUAGGUCAGGUGUAGGGCAGUGUUUCUCAACCUUUUUUGAGCCACGGCACACUUGUUCCGUGAAAAAAAUCACGAGGCACACCACCAUUAAAAAAGUUAAAAAAUUUAACUCUGUGCCGCCCUAUAUUAUAAUUAUGAAUGUAAGAUACACUUGCCAAAUAUUGCUUUCUGGGGGGUCACAGCUGUGCAUUGGUGGCCGCCAGGCUCGUUUGUACUGAGCUUUGGGAAAGGAGGAGGAGAAAUAUUGCUUUCUGGCGGGUUAGCGUUGUGUA